AUGUUUUCUUUACUCGCGCUUCCACCUUUAAUACAAUUAAUCUUUGUUUAUUCACUAAAGUUACUUGUGAUCAUUGCCACUGCAUUGGCUUUGCUGCCUUGCAUCGACAGCAACAGCAGAUUGCUGCAAGCCAUUGAAAAUUCUCUACAAGCUGGUGGACAAAGGCAAUUCACCAACUGUGGCACAUUCAGUGCCAAGUACCAUGGCCAUGAGACGUGCGAAAAGAAGAUCUGUGGCAAGGGCGACGCUGUCGUUGGCACUUGGUGCGGCCGUGGAAGAUGCAACCCCAGAGGUUGCCACUGCAGAAACGGUUGUUUGACCGGCGAGGCUGUGGCAAGCUUCCGCUUGAAGCAUGGCCCGGAUAACUUUGUCUAUAUGGGUUAUGCUUAAUAACACGCGCGAUAAAUAAUUA